AUCAGGAGGAUGUGUGGUGUGGAACUCACUGUUUAUCAGCGGGUAGCUCACGGCAGCAACGUUUCCCACAGCGCGUUUACAUUUCAGUAUGCGUUACGCCUCCGACGAAAACAAAUUUCCAAUAGGAUUGGAUGAGAGCAGACGGAUAGAGAGCAAACACAAAAAAAGUGAACGUGGAUUUCGGCAGGAAUAAUUGCGGUGUUGACGUGUUGAUUUGCUAGCGGAUAACCCCUUAUGAUCGGAAUUUCACAAUGAAUAGUGCUGUAUUUCGGAUGGUGAAGAAUUAUAGUGUUUGUUGAGUCCUAUGAGAUCUUCAAUAAUAUCAAUUUUGACUAACGAAAGUGAAUAAAAGUGCUGAUCUUGCCAGGUGUAAAUAAAAACAUUCGUAGCUCAUGGUAUGAAAGGGACAAUGUCAGUGUCAACGACAUUCACGCGGACGGUAUUUUUCCCUCAUCAGUGCCGGAUUUCGUGGAGAAUUCCUCUAUUUUUGAUUGUGCUGGGCAUAAUCAAUUAUUCCAGUGGUUAUUUCUUUCCUGAUGGCGACAGUAUAGCCAAGGAUCGAUUCUGUUUCUGUCAGCUCCAGGGUACCAUUGAUGACUGCAGUUGCAGUGUCGACACCGUGGAUUAUUACAACAAUGUGAAAAUUUAUCCACGUCUGCGAAGUCUUCUGGUUAAAGAUUUUUUCCGGUAUUAUAAAGUGAACUUGGGGAAAAAAUGUCCGUACUGGGUCGAUGACAGCAAGUGUGCAAUGCGCUUCUGUCACGUACAACAUUGUGAGGAAAAAGAUAUCCCGCCUGGACUCAAGGGUGAUGUUUCUUCGUAUCAUAAGUACAUGAAAGAAGUCCAAACAUUGACGAAUUGCGACGAGGACUUGGAUAUUGAACUCGGUUAUCUCAAUACGAGCAUUAGCGAUAAAGUGCACAGAGAAUUCAAAAAGUGGGCCGAUUACGACGAAGCUCAGGAUAACUUCUGCAUAUUGGACGAUCAUGAGCCAGGUUCGGAAUACGUAGACUUACUGUUAAAUCCUGAGCGAUACACCGGUUACCGAGGGGAGUCUGCAAGAAGGAUUUGGAGUAGUAUUUAUCUGGAGAAUUGCUUUCAAUCCCAUUCGGUUCGUAGAAAAAAUCCAUACUCGGCCAUGAUUCCAUACAAAAAUAUGUUCAACAACGAAGUCUGUCUGGAACAUCGUGUUUUCUAUCGAAUGAUCUCCGGUUUGCACUCCAGUAUAAAUAUUCAUCUCUGUGCGAACUAUUUGCUCUCCGAGAAGGUCUCAAUGGAUUUUGUUUCCCCGACGGGAAUCUGGGGUCCCAACAUGGAGGAGCUUGAGCGAAGAUUUAGCCCUCUGACAACGGACAACGAAGGGCCACAUUGGCUGAGAAACUUGUACUUUGCGUAUCUCGUGGAGCUACGAGCGCUGGCCAAAGUUGCCCCUUAUCUGCGGAACGAGGAAUACUUUACGGGACGUGAGAAAGAGGAUCGAGAAGUGAAAAUCGCUGUCGAUGAUUUGCUCGGCGUUGUGGAAGAAUUUCCAUCGCAUUUCAAUGAGUCCGUUAUGUUUAGCAGCGGAACUUCCUCGGUGAAACUGAAGCAAGAAUUUCGUGAGAAGUUUAUGAAUAUCUCUAAAAUCAUGGACUGUGUCGGUUGUGAUAAAUGUCGUCUGUGGGGGAAAUUACAGGUGCAGGGAAUGGGAACGGCUUUGAAGAUUUUAUUCUCAGGAAAGUUCGAUGAAACAAUCGAAUCCAGUAUAGCACUUAAAAUUAAUGCGGAAAACACCCAGUUCAAAUUGAAGCGAUCGGAAAUUGUGGCGCUUUUUAAUGCGUUCGGAAGGCUUUCAACGAGCAUUCACGAAUUGGAAAAGUUCCGACAGAAAAUGCGAUGAGCCCUUCGAAUGUUUAACUUAGUAGUAGUGCUUCAGGCUAAUAGUAGAAAAUGAAUUCGUGAUAAGGGGUGCUUUCAGCAGAGGCACUAAAGCUCAUAAUAUGACACUAGUGAAUUACAGUGGUUGGGGAGACUAUUCAAUUAUGUGUGCCGAAAUUUGUUGCAGUAACACUCCAUAUAUUGUGAAUAAACGAUUUGAGGUUUAUGCCCUUUUAUAAAUUAUUCAGACAACGAGUGUGUGAAUAUGGUUAUCGAUACCAUAGACGUGAGAUACUUAUACAUUAUUUAUAUAGAAGACUAUAUUGAUUGUGAUUUUGUAAAUAAAUG